CUCCCGGGUAAUGGUUUCGCCCGUCUCUCUGGAUCCCUUUUUGGAUAAAUACUUUGGUACAGUCCACGUGCGCGCGAAGGUUUAGAGUAAAUGCAAUGGCGUCCAAAGCAGGUCGUCGCGGGACGAAACGCAAGGCGGAGGUUGAGGCAGUAGAGGAGAAACCAUCCGUGGAGGAGAAGGAGGAGGACGGAGGAGACGAGGAGGAAGGCCAGGAAGGCCAAAGGGUGGUCAUUGAACACUGUAAGAGCUGACGAGUGUAUGGGCGUAAUGCUGAGGAGGUGAAAUCUGCCCUCCUGGCUGCUCAUCCUGAACUGACGGUGGUCUUCAACCCUGAGAAACCCCGCAGGAACAGCUUCGAGAUCACUCUGCUGGAUGGAGGCAAAGAAACCUCUCUGUGGACUGGAAUAAAGAAGGGUCCGCCUCGAAAGCUCAAGUUUCCUCAACCUGAUGUUGUAGUUGCUGCUCUGCAGGAGGCUCUGAAGGCCGAGUAGACACCCAGUGAAGCCAGGUGCUCAGGAGGUGUGGUCUAUGGAAGCAGAAUGAUGAGGAGUGACCAAUGGGAGGUUCCCAGUCUCUCCUCUGAUGAUCCAAGCUCCAACAGCUCACGUCUCCUGGAUCCAUGGUGACACCUAGUGGAGCGUCUCUGAGCCAGCUCUUUUCUCAGUGCUGCCAAAUCCCCCCUUAUUUCUCAACAGAAUGUUGUGCUUUUAAAUCUUUUUUUGUAAAUAAAGUGUUUCUUGUUUCUCAA